AUGAUGGAGAAACUUGUGAGGGUGCCGCAACUGAGGCAGUUACUCGGGGAGUUUCCCGGGAACAUGAAAUUCUGUUUUGCUUAUGGAUCAGGUGCGUUUAAACAACUCAACAACAAUGACGAAAACAACAUGUUGGAUCUCAUAUUUGUCAUGCGCAAUGCCAACAAAUGGCACGCAGAGAAUCUAUCACGAAAUCCCAAGCACUACGCUCAGCCGUUGAGAUUCCUUGGCUCCAAAGUGAUUACAAAUGUUCAGGAGGGCUCGGGCGCUAAGGUGUUCUACAAUACGCUGGUGACGACGAGUGAGGGCCAGCUCAUCAAGUACGGAGUGAUUUCCGAGGUUUCGUUGGUGGAGGAUCUAUUAGAUUGGAGCGAUCUGUACUUGGCAGGCAGACUGCACAAACCGGUUAAAGUGUUGGUGGAGCCAGACGAGAACUCUCAGCUGCGUACUGCUCUGGUGCAGAACCUACACUCGGCAGUGCACGCGGCUCUGCUGCUGCUACCUGAGCAUUUCACGGAGGUUGACUUUUUCAAGAAGAUCAGUAGCCUGUCUUACCAUGGCGACUUUCGCAUGAUCUUCGGCGAGAAUAAAGACAAGAUCAGCAAUAUUGUGCUGCCGCAGUUGCAGCAUUUCAAGCAGCUGUACGCGCCGAUCCUGAAACACUUUGACAACUACGUAGAUAUCCCGAUCUCGGAUCACAUGACUGUCACGUGUCAUCAGGACAUCUGUCCGGCGACCAAGAUCCACCAUUUGAAUCAUUUGCCGAGAACGCCACAGGUUAAACUGGUCAGGGCGUGGUCGCACGGCCCGAGAUCGAAAGACACGGAGGAUUGCUUGCGUGCGAUCGCACACGACCCUGAGUGUUGUGACAUAUUGGAGCAGUGCUUGAGAGAUAUCGUUUGGAGAUCGAGCGUGACGCAGAGCCUAAAGGGAAUCGUGACUGCGGGGAUUGUAAAGUCCGUUAAGUACAGCGGCGCCAAGAUAAUUAAAAUGUUACAGUCAAGUCCCAGUUUACCUAAGCCCGAUCCAGAUAAAAUCAAUAAAAUAGUCGAGACUGUCGUGCAGAAGACAGAGCCUAAGAACACUGAGAAACGCAUCGAGUAA